AUGAAUGUGCGGCCGCCUAUCGAGGCGUCGAACCCGACGGCCGUUUUAUCUGUCGCAUUUAAUAAUGAUAGCAGCUGCUUUGCUGUUGGUCUUGAAUCUGGCAUUUGUAAUUUUAACGCCGGAAUUGGCCUUGUUCAAAUGAUGGGCAUGACCAACUAUUUGGCUCUCGUCGGUGGUGGAAGGUCUCCUAAAUUUGCAAUGAACAAGACUAUUAUAUGGGAUGACAUGAAGGGAAGAGUAGCGCUCGAAAUCUCAGCCCUCAGCUCCGUUCGUGGAGUCCAGCUAGGCCGUGAGCGCAUUGUGGUCGUUUUACAAAACAGCAUUCGCAUCUACUCGUUUGCCAAACCUCCGAACCUACUGCAUGUCUAUGAAACAGCAGACAACAUGCUCGGCCUCUGUUCCUUAUCCAGCAAGACACUCGCUUUCCCAGGACGAACUCCCGGCCAGAUUCAACUUAUCGAGCUCGCUACAGGCAACGUUAGCAUCAUUCCGGCUCACUCAUCAGCUCUCAAGGCCAUCCAAUUAAGUCCCAACGGAGAGCUACUGGCUACUGCAAGUGAGACCGGAACUCUUAUCCGUGUCUACUCUACAGCAAAUUGCGCCAAGGUCGCAGAGCUUCGGAGGGGGAUUGACCCCGCAACCAUUUUCUCUUUGGCUUUCUCGCCAUCCGGAGCCAUGCUUGCCUGCACAUCAGACAAAUCAACUCUGCACAUAUUCGAUAUACCCAAUACAAGGAGACAAUCAAUACAGAGAAGCCAACAGCUCGGUACAUCAGACGCCGAGCCUGGCAAAUGGGGCAUUUUGGGCAAGUUGCCGCUCAUGCCCCGCGUAUUUUCAGACGUGUACUCAUUCGCUUCUGCGCCGUUUGAAGCUGGUGACGAAACUAUGAUUGGGGGCAUCCCCUUCUCCGAAGGAACGGUGCUGGGAACGAUGCGCCCCGCGAAGGGCAUUAUUGGCUGGAUUAGCGAGGAUAGUCUUGCGGUUGUGGGUGCCGGCAAGGAUGCUCGAUGGGAGAAGUUCGUCUUGGUAGAUGGCGAGAAUGGGAAACGAUUGUGCAUGAGAGAGGGUUGGAAACGAUAUUUGGGGAAUACGUGA